CUCCAGGACGCGGUCCUCGGUGACCGACUACGACGACGUUGAACAACCUGAAGUCGCUACGUCGGACGUUCACCUCGAUAACAUGAAGUAUUUACAACCUAAUAUGGAGUAUUUAGAUUAUGGUACGAAAUUGGCAUCAUGUGAAACAACGGUGGGAAAUGUUCUUAAAGAAUUGUUAAUACAAUUACCGACAAUAACGGAUAAUAUCAAAUGCUCAAUUCCCACGUGUGCAAAGACUAAUCCUUUGUUUUCGUCGUACAUAACAAUAAUUGUAAUGAAUGGACAUUUAAAUUUGUUGGAAGAAGAUAUUACAGCAAGAUUAAUGAUUGAAACUUCCAAGUGUCAAAAUACAUAUCAAAAAGGAAUGAAUUGCAAAGGAAUAAAAUCAAUUGAACCAAGAAUUUCAACAAUACAUUUGUUUAUUGAAUUACUCAAUUGGGAAGAGAAUGCAACCAACCAAAAUAUCGAUUCUGAAGUGGCCCAACAAGUUUUAAUAAGUUUAGAAAAUAUGCCUCAAAUCGUAAAAGUGAAUAAUGUCCAGUAUUAUCUAAGAGGAAUAUGUUCCCACGCGCAUGAGUUAAACGGACAAAUAAACGAUAUAGGAUAUUACCGUGACUACUAAUGUUGGAAACUGGGAAUUGUACGACAACCAACGACCUAAGUCCGUCCCAAUAAAUUUCAAAACUGU